UCGUUGUCGUAUUUGCACUGCCCGGGGGACGUGGCGGUGAUCAACGAAACGUUGGGCAGUCUGGCUGGAACUGCUGCGAAGAGAUGGGCCGACAAGGAGUGCGUGAUCUCGGUUCACCAGGGCGUACGGUUGACGUUCACCGAGCUGCUCGAUCGCGCCGAUCGUUUCGCGGCCGGUUUGGCGAAGCUUGGCCUGAGACAGGGCGAUCGUCUCGGUAUAUGGGCGCCGAACGACGUCGAGUGGAUAAUCGGUUUCGUGGCCGCCACGAGGGUGGGCCUAGUCGUCGUCUCGAUAAACCCCACCUACCGAUUCGACGAGAUCACCUAUUGCUUGCAAAAGGUCGGGGUAAAGGCAGUCAUAUCCCCAGACAAUUUUAAAACCCAGGAUUAUCCCGCGAUGCUGCUACGCGCCAAACGAACCACGUGCCCCAUGUUGGAACACAUAAUUAUCUAUUCCAAAGAUCACAUUGAAGGGACGCUUCGAUUCGCCGACGUGGAGCGGCUCGCGUCCAAGAUCGAGGUCGAACGUGUCGCGGGUGAACAGGAUCGGAUAUCGUGUCACAGCGGUAGCAAUAUACAAUUCACUUCGGGAACCACUGGAAAACCGAAAGCUACCCUCUUAUCGCACAGAUCGUUGUUCAAUAACUCUAAACAGAGCGUAUUAAGGACGGAGAUAAGGAUGGAGCAGAAGGUGUGCUUGAACGUUCCGUUCUUCCACGUGUACGGCCUGAUUAAAGGAUUGUUGAACAUGUUUCAUGCCGGUAUCACGAUCGUGUUGGAAGCCCGCUCCUUCAAUCCUAUGAAAUCGUUGGAUGCGAUAAUAGGAGAAAAGUGCGAUAUCGUGUACGGAACACCGACUAUGUGGAUCACACUGUUGGAUGCGUAUCAUCGUGUUCAACCUCCGCCGAUAACUUUAGCCUGCGGCUUCACAGGUGGGGCGAUAGCGUCGCCUGAGCUUUUUAAAAAAAUAAGGGAAAGUUUCAACUUUGACAAUAUAAAGAGCAUAUAUGGGCUGACGGAGGUGUCAGGGAUUAUCUUUCAUUCGAUGCCCAACGAGAAGAAUGAAUUGACAGAUAAUACCGUUGGCCAUUUGAGUAGUCACAUCGAAGCUAUGGUCGUCGACGAGAAUGAGAAAAUGGUGCCUUUCGGCACCCCCGGGGAACUCUGGGUUCGAGGAUACUCAAACAUGAUCGAAUACUAUAACGACGAAGAGGCGACUAGGAAAACCUUUACCAAAGAUGGCUGGUUCAAGACCGGUGACCAAUUUAUCUUAAGAUCGGAUGGUUAUGGGCAAAUAGUCGGACGAUUGAAAGAGAUGAUAAUUCGGGGCGGAGAGAAUAUUUUCCCAAAGGAGAUCGAGGAUGUAAUAAUGAUGCAUCCCCUGGUGGCCGAGGUACAAGUUAUUGGCGCUUACGACAAAGUUUACGGCGAGGAGUUGUGCGCAUGCGUACGCCUUCGAGACGGCGCGAAACUUGAGAAGGAAGAGUUGAAGAAAUAUUGCGAAAGUCAUAUAGCGUCAUUUAAAAUACCGCGUUACGUAGAAUUCGUAACGGAUUAUCCGAAAACAUCCAGCGGGAAGGUGCAAAAGCAUAUACUGAAGCAAGAAAUGGAACGUAACGGAAUAAUUCCGGCGAGUCCGAAUUAAAAUAUUUUUGUUCGGAAAAGUUAAAAAAUAAUUUAAAGUCUUUUUUUU